GGUUUUGAUUUGCACCCUCGAAAUGCAACGUACUUCACAAAGAUUCGUAGGAGCCCAUUCCCGUGCUGACCAUUGGUUGUGAGCAGCUAGAAGACGGCCAGAAAUUAAAGUACCUGAGCGGGCAUAUCAGCGCCAAUGGAACGGAAGAUGAAAGCACGAACCGUGCAGCGAAAGCUCAAUGCUCUUUCCCAAAUCUCCGCCAUCUGCGGCGUCGGCUUGACAUCACUCUCUCUCUGAAAGGCAGAGUUUACAAUGCAGCCGUCCGCUCAACCCACCAGUAAGGAUCGAAACCUGGCCCAUCGAAUAGACAGACAAAUAGGUUAGUUAAGUUGGAUCCUCGGUGCCUUCGCAACUUAGCUCAGGUCUGACGGGAGCAUCGCGUGAGGAAUAAGUGUGUUCGGCGUCGGGUAUUUGGUGCAGGAAGAGCGACUGAACCGCUCAGCACCGUUUUAUCACGCACUAUGCUCCGUUGGCAGGGUCAAGUUUGCGCAUGCCAGCUCACCGACUCCCGAGACGUGCAUGGCAUGCGCGUUGUGGUAGUGGAUGAAAAAAAUGAGGAGAGGCCAAACGAUAACUUGGUCGAGAGGAAUGAAGUUCCUCACUUCGAAGUUGUCGUCGGUUUGUGUUUCCCGACUGCCUGGCUGGGGACCGUAGGAUGAUGAACACGUUUGGUUGGAUACAUUAGCUGACAUGGUCAGGAGCCAACUUCAAUGGCGUUUGUGCUAUGAGUCUCUUUGUCCCUCCCCGUUUAUCUUCCCCUCCAACAACGACAGCCCAAUACGUAAUGUAAGUUUAGCAUCACAUUAUUGUUGUAGUCUGUAAUGUUUAAUCUCCUACCUUUUGUAUUGCGGCACAAUGGCUGUGGUAGGUUUGUCAUCCUCGGCUAACGUGUACUGACGAUUGAGGAUGAUGAUACGUAAGCUAUCCAUGGUGUAGGCUUAAGGAUAGCCGGCCCGUUGCCGUAAGUAUCUGCCGGCUCGUCGCCUUAAGGAUCACAAGCCUACCUUAUAAUCUGAGAUCGCGGGUUCGAGACUGCGUAGGGGAUCGGGAGACGCUCGCAGUAUCCUCAGCCUACGCGUGACUGGUGGCGGUUGCUCUGCAUUGAAGCGGCGACACUGCGUGCCGACGUACUGCUGAUGCCUCUUUAGGUAUUUGUAAUUAGCAUUAACCAGAACAAGUUGUUAAUCCUUUUGCAUGGUGUCAUGUCCUCAAAACACAUAUUUCCUUAUAGUUACUCUAAAUAUUCCCCGAUGCGCGUUUUCUUUUGUUCACUUAGGUAGAAUUUUCAGUCGCAAUUCAUUUCAUUACCAACUUACGGGACAUGCUAAGCUAGUGCUUUUUCACCCGUCAUAAACCGUCCUUUCAUUGUACUAGCUGAGCUAUUAAACAGCCCAGUCCACCUAAUUGCGCAUUCACAUCCCUUGCAACAGCAACGAUAUCCGAACUGGUAACAUUGCGAAGCAGCGUUGUCUUGGAUCUCUCAUUAGGAAUGACGAGGACUGAGACCUACUCAAUGGUAACUACGCCGUUGUUUAGAGGUGACGAAACACGAAAUCCAUUCUGAAUGCAAAACCAAACAAGGCAAAUAGAUGAUAGCAGAAAGUGGGAUGUUCCCAUCAUUUUGCAUCUCUCAGGCUCUAGGAACAACGAUCCCGAUUUCCUAAGAUGGAAGGUAGUCUGAGUAGUCAGCCAUACUUUGGUACAGUGGAACCGGACAAGAGACUGUAAGUCGGAAAUCGCAAAAAAUAGUUGUGAUAGGCUUUACACCCGGUAUAGAAUAGAUGAGAUAUGACAGACAGUGCAACAAGGAUGAAGAGAAUUUCGACCAACUGGCAUUGAAGAGAAAGCUCAUGCUGCGGUGAUAUGUUGCCGGUAGUUGACACGUCAUGGUUAGAGAAUGCAUAUCAGCCUUGUCGGCUACCGAGUUUUGCCCUCACGUGUAUUGUAAGGGCUGUAAAUCAACAUCACAGUUCGGUCCUGGUUGCCAUGAAUACACAGCAAACAAAAAGGAUAAGCGGCAUUGGUGCAUCUCAUGAUAUUGUUUAGAAGCGAAUCCGUUAACCCAUAUCCAAUAAGGUCCCGUUCACAAAAUCCCACUUCUGUUGAAUCAGUACAAUGAAUGUUCCUUUUAGGCUUUUGACGGGAGCUGUGCUGGGGCAGUACUUGUGGUAUAUCAACACUUGACUAGUAUCAGAAUAUUGUGGUAAAAUGUACAGCGAAAUCUGGCGACUGAACGAUGAUUAGUUCAUUUGCCGACCAAUCGACUGUACUAUAAUUCCUUCAAAAAAUUGUUUCCUAAUGUACAUACCGCCGGAAUACAAAACCCAUUUAGUCGUGUUAACGAAUUCCUCCCGUCUUCUUUUACUUAUUGAAAGUGGCAGGCUCGUCAGGAAAACCAACGGAUGUGAGGGCAGAACUGCCACGAGCGAUGGACAUGCACAGCGGGCAAGGGAUACAAUACUUGGAGAUCUUAACUUCAAGCAACAGUAAUGCAACGGUAACCAGUGUUCGCCCCAAAACAAACCCUCCGCUGUCGUAUGUGAGAUGCGACGCUUCAAACUACUUGAAUAUUACCAUCACAGGAUCAGAGCUAGAACGUCACCUGGAAAUAGGAAUUUUUGGAAUACAACUUAGAACGAUACCACUUCCAAGAUAUAAAACCUAUGAUUUCAUUUGUGGGAAUCAGCAUGUACUAUUACCAGUAAUGCAGCGACAAUCCAGAGCUGGCGCAUGUGGACCUGAAACGAACCACCCAAUGAAAGUGCUCAUCUCCAAAGUCGAGCAAGUUAGACCAAAGCGAGAGCCAAUUCAGCAAUUAUUCGCCGGGAAUGCUGCGUGUAUUGGAGUGGCAAGUUCGAUUAAACCACAAGUAUCUUUGGUGCAAUCCGUACAUUAUCAACUGAUCCAUUUUAUGCAUAAUCAAGUGAACGAGCUCACACGGUAUUUGGAGGUACCGAGGAUUUCACAACGCCGCGCCAAGACCAUAGAGUACUGUGCAGUGUGCAUGGAAGAACAAACGUCAGUCGUGAGUUACAUAACGAAGGAAUCCCCACAGCCUACCAGGUCGAGGAUAGUUUUCCAGAGACUGAUAAAUACCGAAAAUAGGGCAUUCAACUUGCAAGGACCGGCUAUCUUCUUUGCAGAAUCAUUCCAACAGAUAACCCCAAAACCAAGUUUCACGAGUACAUCUGCUGAGCUGUUUGCUUGCCGCAGAGCUGUGAAAUUGCGCAACGCUACUGAAAUCCGAUGCGGUGGAGCGACUGCUGGUUUGUACCAUAGUGUGAAUAUUGGUAGUGAUUGGAAGCAUAAACAAAAUCAACCACAUAACUUGGGGAAAAGAUUAAGUUCCACAAUUAAGGUAAUCAAUCGGGCUCUUAAGGCUUUCUUCAUAAGGGACAUGUUACUAAAGCGGCCUCAUGGUAUGAAACGGAUGGACACAGCAAACACGUCAAUGACAACCAGAGAUGAACAAAAGCUGAUUGUCAAGGAAGGUACCUACAAAAUGAACACAACGAGAACAGAUGAAGAGGAAAUCGAAAACUUUCAGUCAACUUUUAAUCCGACGAGAGCGAUGCGGAAAACCGUGUACCACAAAGAUGCAAAAGCCAUGGUCUGCAUCAAUCAAUUUUUACUGCAUGACUCACAACCGGUCUACAGGUCAGUUGCAAUCGCUGCGCUGACCGACUACACAGGCCAGGAUGCGUUCAGAAUUAAGAAAAUGGGAGGACAGAGAAACCCUAGAUUGCCAUUGGAAAGAAUCACACCUGCCAGCCGUACCAGGGGAAGAAUUGAAAUUCCAGCGCAGCGGGAAUUCGCGGAAAGCACCAAACGUUGCACAGAUCAACCAGUUCCUAGACAGCAAGUUGACUCUCAUUGGUCCAAACAUUGGAGAAAUAUGUCUAUAGCACAAGAAACGGUGUGGGAGGGGAAUAAGUGCAACCACGAAGAAAGCGGCUUUUCCGAAAUGAUCGUUGUGCGAAGUUCACCUUCGAUUUACCUCAAAGUGGAGGUUUUGCAGGGAUUGCCUGAUAAACACAGCUCCAAUCUACCACGAGGGAAAACAGAAGUAGGUCAAUGCAGCACACCAGGGGAACGAACGUUGCACGAGUCGUGGGAUGCAUCGGCCAACGCAGCGUGUCUGAGAGCUCCACUCCUAAUUGGAUUAAACUACGAAAUGGCCAAAUUAAACGGAGAAAAUAUUAACAGUAUGGAGUCCGUGGACAUGGAAUCCUCAACUGAGUUAUCCAUUUCUAUCACAGAUACGAGGACCGCAAGCACAGAAGAAGUUUUUGAGACGACAAAAAGUUACGGUGAAUACAGCGUUCCCAUCACCAGUUCAACUUACGAGUCUAAAGUCCGGGUGAGUUCCGGUGAUAAAGAAACUUCGAGGCUUAAAAAGACAGAGCGCCUGUUUGUUAUGGAACGACAACCUCAAAUGAGUUACCAAAAACAACGUCGACAUCAGGUUGAAUCAUCAGUAAAGGCAAGCAGAACAAGAGCUGGCGGACUAAAGGGUGUUCGAAAGCUCAGUAAUGUGAGUCUCGAGGCCCGGUAUAAUACAAUCCCAAAAGAGGUCGUCGGAACGGAGUUGGAAACGGGAACAAGAGUAAAAGAGACUGAAAAUGGAAGUAAGCAAGCAAACCAGUGCAGUGAACGCGGUGAAGGAAUGAGUGCCUCACCUCCUCUAGAAUGCGGCUGGAAAUACUCGGCAAUUGCUUAUGUGGAAAUGGGCUCGUCCGAGAAUUCAUGUACGGAAUCACAUUAUGUAUGCGACUCCGCUUUUAACUCAGUGAGUCGAAGAACAAAAGUAGGACGGAUGCCAUCCUCUCAAAAUCUUCGAACCCAUCUCCAAUGUCACUCAAUAGCUGUUAUGCAAAAAAAUAAAGGUUCGAACUGAGGAAAAUGGCAUGAGACAUCCAAUCCGUCAGUAUUAAAUGCGAAGAUGCUGGGAUGUGGGUCAAGGAAAGAAUACAGAGUAUGCAAUUG